CGGUAGCAGCUCGAAAUGUGGCGCCAACGCAUCCUGCAGCAGGCAUCCCGCCGGGGGAUGAGCAAGCAAACCAGAGGAGUGGGAGAAGGAGGAGCACCACGAAAGGAGCCCAGUGGAUCGCUGCCCUCAUCGGCGGAUGUGGUGGUGAUUGGCGGCGGGUCCGCCGGCUGCCACACUUUAUACCACCUGGCCCGACGCGGUGUCAAGGCCGUGCUCCUGGAGCGUGCCCAACUCACGGCUGGCACCACCUGGCACACCGCCGGCCUGUUGUGGCGCCUUCGUCCCAACGAUGUGGACAUCCAGCUGCUGGCCAAUUCGCGCCGGAUGCUGCAGCAAUUGGAGGAGGAAACGGGUCUAGAUCCGGGUUGGAUACAAAACGGAGGCAUCUUCAUCGCGCACAACGAAACGCGACUGGACGAGUACCGAAGGCUGGCCACGGUGGGCUCUGCUCUGGGCAUUGAGAAUCAGGUGCUGAAUCCAGAGGAGACCCAGAAGCUGUUUCCCCUCCUCGAUCCCUCGGCCUUUGUGGGAGCCCUCUACUCACCCGGCGAUGGUGUCAUGGAUCCUGCCAUGCUCUGUGCGGCUCUCAAGAAAGCAGCCACCAAUCUGGGCGCCCAGGUGAUAGAGAACUGUGGCGUGGAUGACCUCCUCCUGGAACAGACCUCCAAGGGUAAGAAGGUAGUGGGUGUGUCCACUUCCUUUGGCGAUAUCAGGUCCGAGAAGGUGGUGAAUGCCACAGGCGUUUGGGGACGCGAUCUGGUGGCCAGGCACGGCUCCCACCUGCCGCUGGUGCCAAUGAAGCAUGCCUACAUUGUGUCCGAGUCGAUUCCCGGCGUGCGCGGACUGCCCAAUAUCAGGGAUCACGAUUAUUCCACCUACUUCCGGAUUCAGGGCGAUGCCAUUUGCAUGGGUGGCUAUGAGCCGAAUCCCAUACUCCUGGACCCAGUGCCCAAGGACUUCCACUUUGGCCUCUACGAGCUGGACUGGUCCGUGUUCGAGGCCCAUGUGGAGGGCGCCCAGAAAUUGUGUCCCAGCUAUGCCAAGUACGGAGUCAAGAGCACGGUGUGUGGUCCCGAAUCCUUCACGCCCGACCACAAGCCCCUCAUGGGUCCCGAUCCCGUUCUGAGCGGGCUCUACCACAACUGCGGCUUCAACUCGGCGGGCAUGAUGUUCGGCGGCGGGUGUGGCGAGCAGACGGCCCUCUGGGUCACCAAGGGACAGCCGGACCUGCCCAUGUUCGGUUUCGAUCUGCGACGCUUCACCCAGGAGCAGGGCAAGGCCACGCAAUGGAUCAGGGAGAAGUCGCACGAGAGUUAUGUGAAGAACUAUAGCAUGGUGUUCAAAUAUGACCAGCCCUUGGCGGGACGUGACUUCCAAAAGGAUCCGCUCCACGACGAAAUGAUGCAGGCGGGCGCAGUAAUGGAGGAGAAGCAAGGCUGGGAGAGGCCUGGCUUCUUCCUUCCGCCCAACUCCAAAAAGGCGGUGGUUCUGCCCUACGACUGGUAUGGCAGCUAUGGCCAUCAAAGGAUCCAGGACAGCGAGUACGAGCGGGUGCUGGACGGCGAUUUGCACUACAGUAGGUUCUCGGAGCAUCAUGAAUUGAUCGGAUCGGAGGCCUUGGCCUGCCGCAACAACGCCGUCGUCUUCAACAUGAGCUACUUCGCCAAGCUGCUUCUAGAUGGUCCUCAGGCCCAGGAGGCCGCCGAUUGGCUCUUCUCCGCCAACACGAAUCGAGAGCCCAGCAAAACCGUUUACACCUGCGCCCUCAAUGAUACUGGUGGCGUAGAGGCGGACGUAACCAUUUCCCGUCUAGAGUCUGGCUCCGGACAAGUCCACGAUCCCAAAAUCAAUGGUCAGGGAUACUAUAUUGUGGCUGGCGGCGCCUCAGCCUUUUACACGUACAGCGCUCUCCAGGCCGAGAUCCGGAGGAAGGGAUUCAAUGCCAAUCUCAAGGACUUGACGGCCGAGCUGGGUGUCAUCUCCAUCCAGGGACCCAACAGCCGGAACAUCCUUCAGCCCCUGAUCGACUGUGAUCUAUCCGACGAGCAGGUGCCCCCGAACAGCACACGACUGGCCACCUUUGGGGAUGUGGGCGUGCGUCUGCUCCGGGUGAGCUUCGUGGGCGAACUGGGCUACGAACUCCAUGUGCCCAAGAAGGACUGUGUCGCGGUCUAUAGGAACCUAAUGAAGGCGGGAGCUGGGCAGGAUCUGCGCAAUGCUGGCUACCGCUCGCUGUACUCGCUCAGCAGCGAGAAGGGCUACCAUCUGUGGAGCUUCGAUCUUCGGCCGGAUGACACUCCCCUGGAGGCUGGUUUGGGAUUCACCUGUCGCCGCAACGGAGCUGACUACCGGGGCAAGGCGGCCAUUGAAAAACAGCGAUCGGAGGGCUUGAAGAAGCGCCUGGUCUACCUGACACUCCAGGAUCAGGUGCCCAUAUGGGGCCUGGAGGGAGUCUACCGCAACGGUGAACCGGUGGGCAUUCUUCGCCGUGCAGAGUAUGCCUAUACUCUGGGCAAGUCCCUGGGUCAGGCCUACAUCUCCCGACCCGAUGGCCAGCUCAUCGAUGUCGAGUACAUCAAGGGCGGGGAAUACGAGGUGGAUAUCUUGGGCAAGAGGUACCGCGCCGACUGCCACUUGCGCAGCCCAUUCGAUCCCACCGGCCAACGGGUUCUCGGUAAUUAUGCAUCGGAGUCCAAGGCUAAUAAAUAAAGAUGAGACUGUGUGUCUGGCUUCCAAGAA